UUGAACAGGCUCUUUACAACGAGUGUUGUAACGUGGAAGAGACGAUCUGAACAGAUGAUGAAUGGCCAUAUAAGACCAGACAUCAGCUCGACCCAACAGUUGAAACAGAAACAACCAUCAUCAAUCAACCACACUCGCUACAAUGAAGCUUCAACUUUCUCUUCUCGGGCUGGUCGUCCUGGCCUUUGCAAAGCCACAAGACCCUUCUGAUCCAGCCCCUGCUCCUCCAGUAUCAUCUGCACCAGCUGAACCUCCAGCUCCAGUUCCACUUCCCUCUUCUCAGCCGACUCCUCCUACGUCUCCGGUACCUGCUCCUCCAGCUGAUCCAGCUCCGGCCCCUCCACCCGCAGACCCAACCGCUGCACCUACCCCAGAAGGACCAAUCUGCGAGUGUGGAUAUACCUACUGUGCUGAAGUUCUCAAAGCGAUGCCUGGUAUGUAUCUAUACUACACUGUCAAAGACAAUACUAACAUCCCACCCUCAGACAAGCCAUGGAGUGAUGAUCAACUGUCUUCUGCGUACUGCAAGACCCCUAAUGCAGUUUGCAACGGGCAGUCACCAGCAAGCAAGGUCGACAACGCUCUGUUCAUUUGUCUCUGUGCCCAACCUGACCAAAAGGUUGGAGAUCACAUUGAACUUCUGUGCGGCUGCGAUACAUGUCUUAAUGUUGGGCCAGACUUUAGAGGACGGUGCAAGAGUCCUUGCAGAGCUGGCCACGGAAAGGGAGGCAGUGGUGGUGGUAAAGGAGGUGGCAAGAUCAGGGGAAACAAUCGGAUGGGAUUUUGGUAGAGAUGAAGUGAUGGAUGUAAUGGUGGAUUGAGGAGGAAGCUUUACAUGAUUCAAAUUGACACAUUCUUUACCAUG